AUGGCCCCCAGCACCGCCGACCUCGCCAUCCAGGCCGCCCGUGACGGCAACCUUUGCCUCCUCAAGCAAAUCUCGAAAGAGUUGGAAUUGCGGGGAGUGGAGGGCUUCAAGGGGCGGAGCUUGCUCCACUUCGCGGCGGGCGGCGGGCACGUCGAGGCCUGCAAGUUCCUGGUGGAGGAUUCGGGGUUCCAUGUCAACUCCACCUCUGCGGAAGGCGAGACGCCAAUCCUCAUCGCCGCCGAGGCCGAGGGGGACGGGAACCUCCCAGUUCUGAGGUACCUCCUGGAUCGCGGCGGUGACCCGGCCAUGCCCGAUGCCAGGGGAUUCACGCCGCUGCACAAUGCGGCUGAGAAUGGGCACUACGAGGCUGUGAGGCUGCUGCUGUCCAAGGGCAUUCCUGUUGAUCCUCUCAACCAUCGUGGUACUCCGUUGAUUGUUGCUGCAGCAAUGGGCCAGGACCAGGUUGUGAAGAUCCUCCUGGAUCAUGGUGCUGAUCCCAACAAAGUUGUCCAUUAUGACCAUUCACCACUCACGAUGGCAUGCUGUGCGCGUUCCUUGAAAUGUGUGAAGCUACUGACUCAGGCUGGUGCUGAUGUGAACUCCAAAAGUCCGCAUGAGCUACCUGUUUUAAUGAUAGCAGUUAAUAAGGGCUUAACUGAUAUUGUCAAGUUCUUACUGGAGGUUGGAGCUGACCCUAACAUUCCUGACAUGCGUGGGAAUUUCCCAAUCAUGUUAGCAGCAGGUCAUGAACAUCGUGAGCUAGUUGAAAUUCUAUUUCUUCAGACCAAGCCAAUUCCACUUUUUCCAGAUUGGAGUGUUGAUGGGAUUAUUAGAGCUAUGAAAUACCUAGGCUUCGAGCCUCAGGAGUCGGUGGAAGAACAGAUUUCUGUUGUGAAGUCUAAAGGAAAAGAAGCGUUUGCAAAGGGGGACUACGUUGAUGCAGCCUAUUCCUAUAUGCUGGUAAAUGCUUGA